UCACGAAAAGCUAAACAUGUUGGCUUUUCUUUUAUAGAGCAUUUUACAGCACUGACAUCGAAAUUAUUGUCAGCGUUUCAAUGCGGUUUUACGGAAAAAAAUAUGGAUUCCAUUACUCAUUUUCGUGGUUCUCUAAUGAGAAAAACAAAGAGAGAGCUCAUUGUACAAAUUGACGGCUUAGAAAACGAACUACAACAGGUUAGGAAUGACAAGCGAAAGAUUCAACACGAGUUCGAGAUGCAAACUGUAUCAAUGCAAAAGAUUGCCACAGAUUUUGAUAUUGAAAUCGCUAAAACUGAGGAAAAACGAAAAGAAUUAUUAACCAAUCUGUCCAAUCAAGACGCCAACUCGUCCAACCUUAUGCAGCAAAUGGACCAGUGCACGAUUCAGAAUAGACAACUUACUGCAGAACGAGAUGGCUUAUUGGUGCAACUGGAGGAACUUAAACAGCAAAAAACCAUAGCUCAAAACAAGACUUUAGAGCUUAUUGCCUCGCUGGAGUCGAUUGCACGUGAUUCGCAAUUGAAACUGUCCGAAAGUUUAGCCACAAAUAGUGCAUUGAAGUUGCAGUCGCUUCAAGUAAAGGCAGAAAAUCAAAUGAAAUUAUUACAUCUACAACUUAGUGAAAAAACGCAGGUCAUUGAAAUUAAUAAGCUGCAGCUAGAAAAUCAACAACUCAAAACUCAACUGAAAAAGGAAGAGGAAGGCAGGUCAUGUCCCAUUUGCCUUUGCCCGUGGCAGGAAAGCGGGAAUCAUCGAUUGGUCACUCUACCAUGUGGUCAUCUUUUCGGGGACGGGUGUGUAAAGGCACAUUUAAGGCAGAACUCAACAUGCCCAUUAUGUCGCUCACGUGCAAAACUCAAUAAUCUAAUAUAUUUAUUCGGAUUUAAUGCUUCCACAAGCGGUAAUUAAUAAGAAUAAAUUUCCCUGAAUAACAUUGUGA